AGCAAACCAACAAGCAACAAUGGCUAGUAUAUUGCCUUCUUGGCUAUCAAACCCUGAGACCAUACUAAUCUUAGUUUCCUUUAUCCUUCUUUACCUCCUUCGCCAUUACUACCAAAGUCAUCAUCAUCAUCAUCAUCAUCAUCAUCAUCUUCCUUUCAACUUUCCGGUCAUCGGAAUGCUCCCCGGCCUCCUCACCAACAUUCACCAAUUUCAUUCCUGGAUCACCAACCUUCUCCGGGCUUCAUGUUGCAAUUUCAUGUUCAAAGGACCUUGGUUUUCAUCCAUGGACAUGCUAAUCACUUGUGACCCUGCCAACAUCAACCAUAUCUUCAACACCAACUUCAAAAACUACCCAAAAGGAGAAGAAUUCUCUGAGAUCUUUGAUUUUCUCGGCGAUGGAAUCUUCACCGUCGACGGCGAGUCAUGGAGGUUGCAGAGAAAGAAAGCUCAUAACUUCAUCACUGAUCAUAACUUCAAAGCAUUCUUAAUCAAGUCUAGCAAUUCCAAAGUUUACACUGAGCUCAUCCCUCUUCUCCGGCAACUCGCCGGAGAAGAAAAAGAAACACAAGUUUUGGAUUUGCAAGAAGUGUUCUUGAAGUUCACUUUUGAUGCUACAUGUGAGUUAGUUUUUGGUGUUAAUCCAAAGUCUCUCUCGUUGGAAUUUCCAACCAUUCCUUUCUCUAAAGCCAUGGAUGAGACCAUGACUGUGAUGUUUCUCCGGCACAUCAUGCCAGCCCGGUUGUGGAAGUUGCUAAGGUGGUUGAAUGUCGGAGAAGAGAAAAAACUAGCAAGAGCUCGGAAAGUUAUAGACCAGUUCAUAGCUGAAGCAAUCAAGAAGAAGAGAGACAAUCAUGGAAACAUUAGAGACUGUGAUCUUCUAACAUCUUACAUCAAAGACACAAACUCUAUGAAAAAUAUCCAAGAAUCUAACAAGAUAUUAAGAGAUACAACUAUAAAUCUAAUGCUAGCCGGAAGAGAUACAACUGGUUCAGCACUUACAUGGUUCUUUUGGUUAUUGAGCAAGAACAAACAAGUAGAAGAGAAGACCAUUGAAGAGCUGAAACAGUACUCAUUGGAGAAGAAGGAAGAGAUUGAUAGUGAAGAGUUAGGUAAAUUGGUUUACUUGCAUGCAGCUUUGUGUGAAUCAUUGAGGUUAUAUCCACCUGUUCCUUUUGAACAUAAAGGUGUUGUUAAAGAAGAAGUGUUACCAAGUGGUGAUAAGGUUAAACCAGGGAUGAAGAUAGUAAUCUUGAUUUAUGCAAUGGGAAGGAUGAAGGGAAUUUGGGGUGAGGAUUGCAUGGAGUUUAAGCCUGAAAGAUGGAUAAGUGAGAAGGGGAAGUUGAGGCAUGAGCCUUCAUUUAAGUUCUUGUCUUUCAAUGCUGGGCCAAGAACUUGUUUGGGAAAAGAGGUUGCUUUUGUUCAGAUGAAGACAGUGGUGGUAGCUAUGAUCAGUAGGUUCCAUUUUCAUGUUGUUGAAGAUCAUGUUGUUGAAGCUAAGUGUUCUGUGAUACUUCAUAUGAAGAAUGGUUUAAUGGUCAAGAUCACAGAAAGAGAGUGAGAUUUUUAUCUUAUGUGGUUGAAAAGAAAUAAUUAAAUUAAAUAAUGAUGUUGAAGCUUUGUUAAUUUUAUGAUUGAGUUA